ACAGUCCUUGCCCUGAAUCGAUCACUCAACGGUUAUAUGUUCUUCCUUUUUUUUCACUACACAAAUAUGUUUUACGAACCUGGUGUUACCGAGCAUAAUCUCCCACAUGACCCUUUCAAGGCCUGCGUGAUCCCUCGUCCCAUUGGGUGGAUUUCCACCAAAAAUAAAAGUGGACAAUGCAAUCUGGCGCCAUACUCACAGUUCAAUAACCUGACGUUUGAUCCGCCGUAUGUUAUGUUUUCUUCCAACCAGACCGCCACUGGCGUGCGGAAGGAUACAGUGGUGAACGCUGAAGAAACCGGGAAGUUUGUCUGGAACCUGGCGACCUGGGAUCUGCGUGAAGCGGUUAAUAUCUCGGCCCAACAGACCCCCUAUGGGACCGACGAAUUUGAACUGUGCAAUAUCACCAAGGAGCAGGCAACACUCGUCGAUGUUCCGAUGGUCAAGGAGUCGCCCGUGAAGUUCGAAUGCGAGUACCACACGACCAUUCGACUACCGGGAAAUCCACCCAUGGGAACUGUCGAUAUCGUCAUUGGAAAGGUUAUUGGGGUUCACAUCGCUGAGGAAGUACUCACGGAUGGAUUGCUGGAUAUUAAGAAAACACAACCGAUCGCUCGUUGCGGGUAUUAUCAGUAUACCGUUGUUCGAGAUACAUUUGAGAUGAUAAUCCCAAAUAUGUCGGCGGACGUUCUCUAUGGCUUGGAGGGCAGUGCGGCUCGCAAUCGUCAGAAGAAUAAAGAGAAUGAAGAGAGUUCUAGCAAUUAGCACUUGUUGAUGUUGGACUGGAUGCUUACCACAGUCACUUUUGACUCUAAACAGAUAGAAUCACAAUUUACCCUGAUGCUACAUCUUUUCGAUCCCCUGGGAUGCUCGGUAUUAUGGCCUAACUGCGUAGCAUGGAACAAAACGCUGAAUCCUUGCUACGUGUCGUCUUCCCAUGCAGAGUGACGAGUCUGAGGGAAAUAUACCCAUCCCUUGAUUGACCGGUGGAAAGAAACUACAACAGUUUAGCUACUCCACUGGCGGGCAACAUAGAUGAAGGGCACACAGCCGCAAUCCUUUGCGUCUUGCACUUGUCUUCCG